AUGACUGUUAUGAAUUCUUCUCUUCUUGUUCUUCUUGAUCUUCAAGAUGAACAUCAAAAUUUCGAAACAAUAUUUGAUUCACAUAUAUUUUGUCGAUUUACAAAUAAAAUUCAAUGUUUAGAACAUGUUUCAUCACGUUAUACAAAUAUUCGUUUAUUACAUUUUUUUAUACCAAAAUCUGAACACCUAGUUAUUGAUAAUCGUCUUCUAUUUUUUAAUACAAUCUAUUAUAUUUAUUGUAUAGAUCAAACUAGCAUUAAUGAUAUGAAACAACAAUAUGAUUAUCCAAUGUUUGUUAAAAUUUUUCAUAUUAAAUCUCUAUCAACAUAUUUACAUCAAGCAGCUAUUUCACAUUUAAUUGAACAAGCUGAACGUCGAAAACAUGAACCUGAUGAACAUGAUAUUGCAUUACAAGUAGCAGCUGAAUUUUCUGAUAUAUUAGCUAAUGAACUUUAUGAAUAUAUGACUGAAAAAAUUGGUUAA